CAUACAUUCUUUAGGAGCCUGUCUUGAACUUGAAGAGCAUUCACAUUUCGCCUGCACACGCGUGCCCAGGGGACGUCCCAGAGCCGUGUACACAUACUUGAUACCAGACCGGUAUUCGUUACUGCGAGCCCUGCCCUCCCGGAGGGUUUCGAAGGAACACUGCGUGCUUGCCCUUGCCCUUCGGCCUGUCUUGGCGCCUUACGUGUCCCCACGCCGGCGGGGGCCGCGGUGCAGCUCACAGCACGCGGCCGCCCACAGCCCGUGAUCGCUGCAGCUGGUGUCUGGCCUACUGUACUGAGGGCCAGGCCCGGGCAGCGAAUGAGUGACGAGGAGGACCUGAGGACGACGCAGGACUCGCUGACCAUCCUGCUCAGCGAUGACUCGGCCUUCGAGUCGGCGCUAAACGCCAUAUACGAGGCAAUCGACACCAACGGCGACGGGCGGCUGGACCCCAGCGAGCUGGAGAGGUACAUCGGUCGGGCGUGCGCCAAGAUGGGUGUGGACGGCCCGGCGCCGGCGCAGGUGGCGGGCGUGUUCAAGCAGCUGGACCUGAACAACGACCGGGACAUCAGCCGCGAGGAGCUCAGCGUCUUCCUGCGCCACUUCUUCCAGGAGCAAGUCAAGUACUGCGCACUCAAGCUCCGAGCUGCGCGCCGGUAGCGGCGGCCGCUCUGGGCGUGCAGGGCGCCGACGCGGGCGGCGGCCCUGGCUGCAUGCGCCUGCCGCAGUCGGGCAGUCGCGCGUGUGGGCCUGGCCGGGUGGGGAGCGUGCUGGUGCGUGCCCCGUAAUGAUUGCACGAAGGGCCGGUUGAAGAGUAGGUGUGCGGCUCUACAACGUCAUGUUCGCUUGUGUUGCGUGUUUUCAAGCACGUCGAUGUGUGUAUGUGUAUGGUGCACCGUCAGGAGUGGGCACGGAGGGUCAGCUACGUGCGCUUGUAAGCACACGUGUGGUUGGUGUGGUGAAGAUUCUGAAACGGGCUCCAGUGCACCUGCCUGUAGUCACGUGGAGUGCUUCUGGCGCAGUGCUUCGGCCAUCACCUGUGUGUCGUGGCUGUGGCCGUCUGUGGUCCCAGGAGGAGGUGUGGCGCCUGGUGAAGUGGUGAACGCAGCGUGUGCGAAUGUGUGAGCGAGCAAGCACAAGGUAAAAGGAGCACGCAGGACUGGGUAUGCGAUGCAGUUGUGUGUGCCUCAG